AUGAAAUUGCUCAUAUGGAACUGUCGUGGUGCUGGUAACAAAGUUUUUAGAAGAACCAUGAAGGAACUUGAGAAAAUUCACAGACCUUCUAUUAUUGUUUUGAUGGAAACAAAAAUUGAGCUUAGUUUAAUGGGUUCUUUUUUUAACAAAUUAGGGUUCACUACUUCUUCCCAUGUAGACCCUGUUGGUAGGAGUGUGGGCAUUUGGGUCCUUUGGGAUCCUUUUAAAGCUACUGUAAAAGCCCUUGAGGUUAAUGCCCAAGUUAUUCUUGCAAAAAUUCAACGUGAUAACCAUGCAGAUUGGGUCCUGUCAGCGGUUUAUGCCGGCCCCAUUCCCAGAAAUCGUGAACUGUUAUGGGAUAAUCUUGAAUCUAUUGCCGACAACAUGAAUCUGCCCUGGCUUGUGGCUGGGGAUUUCAAUGACAUAGCUUUUUGGGGGGAAAACGUAGUCUCAGCCCAACCCUCUCUCAUGUUCGAACCCAGACUAGACCGUGAUGUUCGCAAUUCUGAAUGGCGUAUGGCUUUCACUGAAGGUGCAGUUCGUAAUUUACCAAGAACCUACUCUGACCACUCUCCUUUGGUUGUGUUCACACAAGAAUUUGUUAGGGACUAUAACAAUAUUUUGUACCAAGAAAAGCUAUUGUGGUUUCAAAAGUCUAGGGCUAACUGGAUCACCAUGGGUGAGAGGAAUACGAAAUAUUUCCACGUCUCUACUAUUGCUAAAAGGAGGAGGAUGAGAGUGGUAACUCUGAAAAAUUCUGAGAAUGGGUGGAUCACUGACCCCAUUGACCUCAAAAACAAUGUACACAGCUAUUUUUGUAACCUUUUUAAGAAAGGUACCAGUGACACUCUGAGUGUUGGCCCUGACCCUCUGCAGCCUAAAAUUAGUCUGGAUGAUAGCAGGUCCCUCUGUAAGCCUAUUUCUGAUAAGGAGGUGUGGGAUGCCAUUAAGAGUGUUAAAGCUUUUAAAGCACCUGGUAGUGAUGGUAUUCCAUCCCUCUUCUAUCACAAGCACUAG